CAUAGACGAACUUCACUUCCACCUACACAAUUUUACCAAUACCCAUUGCAAAUCUGGUUUUGUAAUCAGGUUCAUAACGGAGACUUAUAUAAAAUAAAUUCUCUACUAAUUAAUUAAUACUUGCAUAUAUUUCAAACUGUGUUUAAAGGGUAGAAAUUUUCAGAAUAAACUAUCACGAUGGCAGGGUUUGGCAACAUAGAUGAGAUGUCAAAGGAUGUGUUAGCUGGAAAAUCAUACGAAGCUUUAUUGUACUUGAUGCACAACAGGAAAAAGAGAAAACCAGAGAAGAAAUCGGAAAACGAAGAUUUACCAAAGCAUAAAGAAAAAAAAAAUAAAGUAAUCGAGAAGUUAGACGAGCCGGACACAAACGAAGAAGAAAACGAAUCCUAUGAAGAAAAGGAAAUAAUUGAUGCUCUGGCUCAUGAGGAUUUCGAUAAUGCUGAUGAGAAGGAAAGUGAAACUUCUCAAGACCCUUUCAUUAGUCACUUUGAUUGCGAGAAUAUGCAAGUCAUAAACGAAUCAAUCUCGUGUAUAAAGGCUAUGAAUUGGUCUCAAUCAUCGGAGGAAACCAAGCUAGGAAUUUCCCAAAUUUUUACACCAGAAACGGAAGAGAAAAUUCCUUACAAUUGCAUACCUAAGAGCGAUAACGUUUCUGAUCUAGGUCUGAAGCAACGAAUUUUGGAAGCUUUUAAGUCGCAAAAGCCAUCAGGGCAUUUGACGACUAUGCAAAUGGAGAUUGCCAAACAUAUGUUUAAUUAUCAGGAUGUAUUUUUUACAAACAUGAACUUUAAGAGCCACAAACUUAUUGUCUCUUUAUAUGCGUUGCACUCCUUAAAUCAUGUGUUCAAGACAAGAGAUCGUAUUUUAAAGAACAGUGCAAGACUAUCUCAAAACCCCGAGCUAGAGUUCCGGGAUCAAGGAUACACUCGGCCAAAAGUCUUGGUCCUUUUACCAACAAGAAAUAGCUGCCUGGAGUUUAUUAAUACUCUUAUAUCUUACUCAGGAGCGGAUCAAGUAGCUAAUCGUAAGCGCUUUGAGGAUGAUUUUUCAAUUGAGAAGGAAGUUAUAUCUGAAAAGAAACCUGAAGAUUUUCGUUAUUUGUUUGCCGGUAAUACUGAUGAUAUGUUUCGGAUCGGUAUUAAGUUUACCAGGAAAACCAUUAAGUUAUUUUCUCAAUUCUAUAAUUCCGAUAUUAUUGUUGCUAGUCCAUUAGGUUUACGAUUGGCUAUUGGAAAUAAAGGUGAUAAGAAAAGAGAUUUGGAUUUUUUGAGUUCCAUUGAGGUAUCGAUUAUAGACCAAGCCGAUGCUUUAUACAUGCAAAACUGGGAGCAUAUUGAAGCUAUUUUUGAUGAAAUUAAUAAUCUACCCAGGGAAGCUCAUGAUUGUGACUUUAGCCGCGUACGUCCAUGGUAUUUGGACCAGCAGUCAAAGUAUAUGAGGCAAACUGUUUUAUUUUCUCAAUAUAAUGCUUUGGAUAUUAACUCCUUUUUUUCGCAUUACAUGUUGAAUGUUGCAGGAAAAGUGAAGUUCCGUACCUUAAACCGUGGAAUUCUGAAUCAAUUAGGCUACAAAAUUAAACAAACGUAUGUUCGUGUGUCUAGUGACUCCAUCGUCAAAUUACCGGACGCUCGCUUUUUCUACUUUAUAAACUCGGUCUUGCCUCAUCUUGUUAAGAGUCCCCAAGGUGGCAUUUUAGUGUAUGUUCCUUCUUAUUUUGAUUUUGUGAGAAUACGAAAUCAUAUGGAUGACGAAGCGAUUAGUUACAGUGCCAUUUCUGAAUACUCUAGUACAUCAGAUCUAACGAGAGCUCGCACUUUAUUCCAACAGUCGAAAACCAAGAUUUUACUAUAUACCGAGCGUGCUCAUCAUUUCCGUCGGUUUGAUAUCCGUGGGGUCAAAGCUAUUGUUAUGUUUGCUCCUCCAACAAAUCCCCAGUAUUAUGUAGAGCUUGCAAGGAUGCCGAUGCGUUCAAUUACUGAAGGAAAGCUGGAUCAGGACGCUGCAAAAUGUAGAAUUCUAUUUUCGAAAUAUGACUCCAUUAGCCUUGAAGGUAUUGUUGGUUUUCAAAGGGUUCCUAAUAUGUGUCACGGAAGACACGAGGUUUUCGAAUUUGUUUGAAUUUGGAUAGGAAAGAAAAAAGAAGCCGAAAUGAAAAACUAAAUGUUUGACUCACCGGUCUAAAUUGAUAAGCCGCAUUCGUCACAAAAAAUGGUAAUAUGAAAGAAAUUGUGAGUGUUGGCGAAUCGGCUUGUUUUAUAUAGAUCCUAUAUUUUAUAGAGUGUAUAUUAACUAGGGAAAGGAAUGGUUCUAGCAAUAUAACUACAAAGUAUUUAGAAGUAUAUAAAUGCCUUCGAUUGUUAUUUUGCACUAUUGGU